AUGUUCCACCGAGCCUGGCAGCUCUGUGGGAAGUGGUGCCAUUGGUCCAGCCCUUUCAUUCAUCUCCUCACCCUGACUGUGGUGACUUUUGGUGUGCUGGCACCUUUGAUCUGCCACCGGCUCCUGCAGCCUUACUUGUACCUGAGGUGCUGGCACCUGAACACCAUGAGCCAGGAGUUCCUGGAACAGAACCAGCGGGAGGGCCAGGAUGCUCUCCAUUACUUUGAGAAGAUGCAGAUGCCAAACACUUCCGAGGCCUACAGCAGUGACACCUUCCAGCCCUUGCUGCUGAUCACCAUUAUCACUGUGCAGAGGCAGAAUGAUUUCCACUACGUCUUGCAAGUGGCCUCCCAUUUCCACUGCCUCCUCCAGAAAUGUGGGGCGCGUUGCCAGAGCCACCGCAUGCUGCUCUGUAACGUGGAGUUGGACCCCAGCAGCCAUCAGGAUGUCAGGCUGCUGAGCAGCCUCUUUCCUACAGUCAGUCGUGAUAGAACUGGAGAGAAUCCUGACCCCAGCCUGAACCAGUUCGAGAAGGAGAAGCAGGACUACAUCUUCUGCCUGGAGCAGUCACUGUUGAUGUACAGCCCAGAGUACAUCCUCCUCAUGGAAGAUGAUGCUGUGCCAGAGGAGGAGAUAUUUUCUGUCUUGCAUCACCUCUUCUCGGCCCGGUUCUCCAAGCCCUACCUCAGAGACGCUCUCUACUUCAAGCUGUACUGUCCCGAGAGGCUCCAGCACUACAUCAACCCUGAGCCCAUGAGGAUCCUGGAGUGGCUGGGCCUGGGCAUGUUCCUGGGGCUGGUGCUGAGCUGCGUGUACUGCCGGGCUGUGGGGCGGGCGGGCCCCAGCUGGUGCCUGGUGGCAUUCUUCACUCUGUAUAGCAUGGCGCUCUCAGAGCUGGUGAGGCAGCACUACGGGCUGGAGCUGCACUGCCUGCACCCCGCGCUCUACAACGUGGCACCAGCCAGCAAGUGCUGCACGCCCGCCAUGCUCUUCCCCACUGCCUCUGCCUGCCGGGCCUUGGGAUACCUGUGGGGGCUGCGCUUGCAGGGCUUUGCCAAGGACAUCGCCCUCUACUCGCUGCUGCGGCAGGGUGAGAACGCUUUCAUGGUGGAGCCCAACCUGGUGCAGCACGUGAGGAUGUACUCCAGCCUCUGACUGAACAGCGACCCGAAACUGCUGUGA